AUGCUGGAAGCCAUUAGCCAGAACACGUUAGUUGUCUUCUCCCACCUAUGUGGCCAGAGAUGUCGAACACUAAAACCACCUAGCCGCAUGCUUCUUGAUAUAGCAAGCCAUAUGAAAGGAAUUGCUCGAGCCAUCGAAUCUAUCCCCCUACAUCUUUCAGUUGACAUAAUCCGCCUUGACGAUGCACUUGGAGAAAGCUGGGGCUUGCCUUUUCAAGCGUGUCAAACAUGGAAUUCAUUCACAGACAUACUAAAGGUAGUUGUUUACGGAAACCAGAGACCAGGAUUGGACUAUAUAGUACGAGGCCAAUUUCAACUCACUUUUGCGAAAACCGGGCGUUCGAUCGGCCAACCACAUCGGUGGGACUCAACUAUUAGACCAGGUGCCCACAUAAAGCAAGCGAUGGUUAUCUCCGAUCUUCCUAUUUCGAAAGACGUAUGCCCUUUUCCCGCCUGUACUGGGAUGUUAAUAAGCCAAGUCGAUGAAAUUGGCAAAAUAUGCUCAACAUGUGGUCGGUUGUCGAGCUCCACGCUUCUUCAUACUCUACCGCUUAAGUUAUACGCUAGAGUUCCGUCUUCGCCCACACCACUUGAUCCUAUCACAAGCCAGGCCAGCGUUCACGCACGUGUACAGCAGACUGAUAGCUUGGCGAUUGGUCCUGUUCAACUUUGCGAAGACUCCAUUGGCUUGUUUCGAAGGAUACAGGUAUAUGAGCGGCCGCCUCCUCUCACAUCAGCAGAAGAAGCGUACGAGAAGCUUCGGGAUGAUGCAUCUGACUUCCAAGCAAAUCUAUACCUCGGAUGGCAUGCGCUCAGUGAAGUGCGAAUUGAUGAAGCUAUCCAUCGCCUGAGACAGACGACAGCGACAGAACCUAAUGAUUGGAUUCCUCACUAUCUUUUGGGGAGAGCCUUCGUAGCCAAUGGUUGCUUCAAGGAAGCAUAUGAGGCACUGCAACUUUGCGUGAAAUCUAACAGCACGAUUCCCGAUGUUUGGAUCACGAUUGGAGUACUCUACUUCAAGCUUAAUCAAUACCGUGACAGCCUUGACGCUUUAGCGAGAAGCGUCCGAUUGAACCCGCAAACGUGGGAGUCAUGGUAUAAUCUCGGGGUUCUUUACGACAAUUGUCAAAACCAAAGUUAUGAUGCACAAGACGCACUGCAGAGAGCUUUAGACCUAAAUCCUGCUCUCCUCAAAGCUCAUAUACGAAUGGAAGAGUUAAAGGCAGCUGUUCAUGGGAACGUGCUUACAGAAAUGGUGGAAUGUGUCCUGCUCCAAGCCUCAGACCCUAUACCUACAUACGUCGAAGACACGGGAAUUCAAAUCAGUCCUCUCAUUCCUAUUACGCAUGAUAAUGGAUGGGUCGCCAUAAGUAGCGAAGAGGAAGUUGUGGAUAUCAGGGGCUAUUGA